CGUGGGGUGGUCUAGCAGUGGCGGCCAUCUUUAUUUCUGGCAGAUCAGCUGAUGGGCACAAGCGGGCCCAACCUAGAGGGCAUAGUACCCUUUCGCACGGAGGACGCGAUGGCUCCCAAGAAACGCCCAGACACCCAGAAGACCCCCGAAGUGGUUGUGCGCCCCAAGAGCAGGAGGACCAGAAGCCCCUGGGAGCUGGAACCCGAGGCCAAGAAGCUCUGUGUGAAGGGCCCCGGUUCUAGCAGAAGAUUCGACUCAGGCUGCGUUUGGGCGGGGUUGGCUAGCCUGCAGGUCCCGCCAUCAUGCAUCAGCAUUGUCAGGGCCCUCCACCACCAUAAGCUGGGCAAAGCUGCCUGGCCAUCACUACAGCAGGGUCUCCAGCAGUCCUUUUUGCACUCUCUGGCUUCUUACCGGAUAUUCCAAAAGGCUGCCCCUUUUGACAGGAGGGCCACAUCCUUGGCAUGGCACCCAACUCACCCCAGCACCCUGGCUGUGGGUUCCAAAGGGGGAGAUAUCAUGCUCUGGAACUUUGGCAUAAUGGACAAACCCACCUUCAUUAAAGGGAUUGGAGCUGGAGGGAGCGUCACUGGGCUGAAGUUUAACCCUCUUGAUACCAACCAGUUUUUCACCUCCUCAAUGGAGGGAACAACUAGGCUGCAAGACUUUAAAGGCAACACGCUCCGAGUGUUUACCAGCUCAGACACCUGCAACGUCUGGUUUUGCAGCCUGGAUGUGUCUGCCAGAAGCCGAAUGGUGGUCACAGGCGACAAUGUGGGACAUGUGAUCCUGCUGAACAUGGACGGCAGGGAGCUUUGGAAUCUGAGAAUGCACAAAAAGAAAGUGACCCAUGUGGCCCUGAACCCAUGCUGUGAUUGGCUCAUGGCCACAGCCUCUGUAGACCAAACAGUGAAAAUCUGGGACCUGCGCCAGGUUAAAGGGAAAUCCAGCUGCCUCCACUCGCUGCUGCAUAGCCAUCCUGUCAAUUCAGCUUGUUUCAGUCCUGAUGGGGCCCAGCUCCUGACAACUGACCAGAAGAGCGAGCUCCGGGUUUACACGGCCUCCCAGUGGGACUGCCCCCCAAGCCUGAUCCCACACCCUCACCGCCACUUCCAGCACCUGACGCCCAUCAAGCCCAGCCUAUCGCCCUGCUGUUCUGCCCUCAAACCGCAGUUACCUGCUGACCUCAGCCUCCCUAAUGACUUCUCCUGUCUCAACCCGCGAGGCUUAUGGUCUUUUAAGUCUUCUGAACCCUUCCUGCCUGUGCCCCCAGGCAGCCUCAGCUCUGCCCAUUCCUCUGCUCUCCUGCCUUACGUUCUCUUUUAGAACCACAGCCCUUCUUCAGACCUCCAGGUUUCAUGCCUGUACUCCUUUCGUCAAGACAGCGUAGUGGUGGGGGCGCCAGCUUCAGGCAGGCCGGCAACCUCUGGUAGAAUCCCUGGGCAAGCUGCUUGAAUUUUGGAUCUCAGUUUCCUCAUCUCUAAAAAAGGAAUAAUAGUAUCUGAUAGGGUUGUUGGAAGAAUCAAUAUACCUAAAGCACAGGCCCAGUGCCUGGUAAGUACUACGUAAACAGUGAUAUUAGGGAUAUUAGGGAGGCUCCCACAUACCUCAAAUCCAACCCAACCUCUUAAGAACAAGCUUUCUUCACUGGCUGGUCAUUGACGCAUGUGUCAUCUCCCACUUUGUAACCAGCCAGGCCAAUUUCCAGCUUCCCAGGUGGGCUUGUGGCUUACAUCCAAGCCAUGGCAUGUACCACUGUGUCCCUGCCACUAACUGUAUCUUUCCUUCUUCCAAACUCCCUUGUUAGGAAAACCCCAUCUGAUUCUGUCAUUCCAACUAACUUCCAGAUUUGUUUUGAGUGGGGUACGUGGGGAGCAUAGCUUUCCUUCCCUUUCUUGGCCACUGGCCAUCUCCUGCUCAACUCUAUCGUUCACAUUGAUCGAGGAGGCACAGUAGUGGGAUUACUUCAGAACUUACGUCCUAUUUGGGUUUUGGUUAUGAGACUUUUUGCUUUGUUGUAGGCUUACCUCUGGUUAAUGUCUGGGUCAAGCUGAUGUUAAAACAUUGAUCAGUUGGUAUGAUCGCAGGAAAUCCAAAAGGGAAAGAAGUCCUGAAGGUGUCCCAAGGUCCAGAGAGGCCAAUUUGAGGUUAAAUUGCUGGCAGCUAUAGUAACAACUUAGGGGCAAAAAAUACUUUUGAUGUCCCUCUUGAUAGCUCUCUGCAUUUACUCUCAUAACAACUCUCCA